AUAGUGUCUGAGACCGUACCUGCCGCACUUCUUGCUCCUCCUGCAGAAAAGACUCCUGUGAAGAAAAAAGCUCUUAAGUCCAUCGUUGCCACGAAGCGCAAGGCAUCUGGGCCCCCGGUGUCGGAGCUGAUCACCAAGGCUGUCGCCGCUUCCAAGGACCUCAGUGGCGUGUCCUUGGCUGCGCUCAAGAAGGCACUCGCGGCCGCUGGCUACGAUGUAGAGAACAACAGCCGCAUCAAGUUAGGACUUAAGAGCUUGGUGACCAAAGGCACCCUGGUGCAGACCGAGGGUACUGGCGCCUCGGGUUCAUUUAAGCUCAACAAGAAGACAGCCAACGAGGCUAAGCCUAAGGUUAAGGAAGCAGGAGCAGCCAAACCUAAGAAGGCUGCUGCGGCAGCUAAGAAGCCCAAGAAGGCGACGGGCGCGGCUACCCCGAAAAAAAGCACUAGUAAGAUCCCCAAGAUGGUGAAGAAGGCAGUGACGACUUCCAGGGCCAAGAAAGUGGCCAAGAGCCCGAAAAAGCUGAAAACAGCCAAACCAAACAAGGUGGCUAAGAGCCCAGCCAAGGCCACAGCUCACAAGCCCAAGGUAGCCAAGCCUAAAGCAGGCAAGCCAAAAAAGCGGUCCCAAAAAAGUAAGAAAAUUAAACUAGCUGAGUACCUUAAAGGCUCUUUUCAGAGCCACCUAAAGAGCUCAGGAAAUGAGCUGUCGCACUCUAGAAGGGGGUGUGGCUGGGAGAAGGUUGCCAGUGAGGGGCGGGCCUCGGAGGAUGGCCUGAGAGAUGGGUCUUACGGAGCGCCUGCACCGAAAUGGGUAGGCGCUUUUUUUUGGAGUCUGUCUUAUCGGGGAUAGAAGGGCGGGGAAAUCGGUUUGGACAUUAAAGUUUACCUUGUCUCCGAUUCUGGAGCCCUGAGAAAAAUAGUUCAGUGGAG